AUGUCCGGAGCAAAAUUAUUACAAGGAAAGGUCGUCGUUGUUACAGGUGCCGCUACAGGUAUUGGUAGGGCCAUCGCAGAAGAAAUGUCAAAGCAAGGAGCCAAGGUGGCAAUCAACUACUACCCAGGUAGAGAUAAGGAAAUUGCUGAGAUGAAGAGAGAUAUUCCAGAUUUGUUGGCUGUUCCCGGUGAUAUUUCAAAGCCAGAGACUUCUGAACAUCUUGUUGCCGAGGUCGUUAAGAAGUUCGGUGAGUUGAAUGUGUUUGUGUCAAACGCAGGUAUCUGUAAAUUUGAGGAGUUUACCAAUGUCAGCCCAGAAUUGUUCAGGAAAACUGUCGCUAUCAAUCUUGGUGGUUGCUAUUUUGCAACACAGGCUGCUGCUAAACAGAUGAUUAAGCAAGGUAAAGGUGGUUCCAUUAUCGGAAUUUCCUCUAUCAGUGCAUUAGUUGGUGGUUCUCAUCAGACCCAUUACACUCCAACCAAGGCUGGUAUUUUGUCUUUGAUGCAAUCUGAAGCAUGUGCUUUGGGUCAAUACAACAUCAGAUGUAAUGCAUUGUUGCCUGGUACAAUUGCCACGCAGUUGAACACAGAGGAUUUGGCUGAUCCAGAGAAGAAGCAUUACAUGGAGAGUCGUACUCCUUUGGGAAGAAUUGGUGUUACCUCUGACAUGGCUGGUCCUGCUGUCUUUUUGGCUAGUGACUUGUCGAGCUUUGUUACAGGAGCUCAACUUCUUGUUGAUGGAGGUAUGUACGUUAACUUGCAGUAA